AUGGAUUUCACAGGAUAAUUUAGAUUAGAUGAGGAUUCAAUGGCAAUAAAUAUCUUCUAAACACCUGUAAAAGGCUAAUUUUAAGGUAUGCUUUUAUUUAUCACAUCCUUGUCAUAUAUUAUAUUACCUGUUUAUGGCGGAAUAUUUUCGCGCUUAUACAACAAAUUUGUGACAAAAAAAUAUAUUUUUAGAUUCAGAAGCUAAUUGCAAUUCUCAAGCAAACACAAAUUAAAAAUUAUUUGUUUAGACUGAA